AUGACUCUAAACCGACGUAGGCGCGAGCUACUCGACGAGAACCUCGCAGUCAGCAGCGGCUCUUAUUGGAACCGGCUCGUCGGGGCUCUCCUUGCGGGGCUGCAGGAACUGGCAGCGUCAUGGAUCGCGAAUGAUCGCAGGCGACGAGGGAGCUACUUCACCAGGCGCAUCGCGAAGACGGCAUUUUACGCCAGCAUCUUCGGCAUGUCGAUCUUCCAGGCCACUACGUGGGCGGUAUCCAAGAUCUUUAGCCUCUUCGCGCCGAGUUUAGGGAUGGAAAUAGCCCAGCUAGUCAGAGCGACCGUCCGUGUCACCGUGGCGCACUACAUAAAACUCUCAUGGAUCUCGACCAUAGCCUGCGCCAUUCUCGCCCGCAUUUUCCUACCCCCUGGAUGGUGGCCGAUGUGUUUCGGCUUCGGCGGCUUCCUCGUGCGCGUCGUCUCAGAUGCCCGGACGAAGAAGCUGCGGAUCAACGCCCGGCGGAAGAAGAGGCUUCGGGAGCUGUCUCCGGAGUACGUGGAAAACCGGGGGACGGAGAAACUCGCCGAGAGUGUUGCCGGAUCUUCGCGUCGGCCUGCGCACGGAGAAGGCGAACUUUUCGGAACGGGGGAGGAGCGGCCGGAUGUGGUUCGUCUCUCCGGAAAGGAGAAAGGGGAAGAGAAUCGGCCGUCUGACAGUGGCUAG